GAAUCACUAACGUUUUAUUUUACUUACAAAAAGCUGCCGUCAAAAACCGCAAAGGUUGCCAACGUGCAAAUUAUUACAAAUAACGUAUUGUUAGCUACUAGCAAUUCACCCGAACGCGUUCUGCGCUAAAAACGUCUGUGUGCGCAGGGAAAUUCAGCCGUGUCUUGCUCUCGGGAUGCGCCUUUAAGGAUUCUUCCUCCGGCUCUCCUGAACUGACCUCUUCUCUUUGAAACCACUUCCUCCCCUUCUCCCAAUCGGCCAUGUUUAAUUUGACUCAUUCAUGAAAAGUUAUUUAAACACAACAUUAAAGCGAUGAGCGCGAAAGCUACAUAGUAAGCGAUGCAGGACUACUGAACUGCAUUGUGGUCGUCCGUGUGGAUGCUCCGCGUUGUUUGUACAGCGGCAGUGGGAAUAAAGACUAGCGCGUGAGGCAUCGGCAGGAAAUCAUGAGGAAAAAGCAGAAUGUGAAAAACAGGAAGGCAGAAGAGACAACGGUUGUCCAAGAGUUUGCAGUGGAAAAAAUAAUCCGCAGAAGAGUCAACGAUGGAAAAGUUGAAUACUAUCUCAAAUGGAAAGGCUUCACAGAUGCAGAGAAUACCUGGGAGCCAGAGGACAACCUGGACUGUCCUGAGCUGAUAGAGGAGUUUCUCAGAAACCUCACUGUCUCAGGAGAGACAGAGCAAGAGGAGUGUCAGUCCCUAGACCAUGAGGUCCAGCCCAAGCAAGAGUUAACUGAACUGGAUGCUGAUACGGCUCACCAGCAGCCUCAGGAGGAGCUCAUUGAGAGGCGUAAUGAAGAGGUUAAUGAUCACAACGCUGAGAUCCCAGCAGGCCAAUCCAGCAACCCUGAACCAGACUGCAUCAUCGGAUGUACAGACCGACAAGGAGAGCUCAUGUUCCUCAUCAAGUGGAAAAACACAGAUGAGGUAGCUUUACUGUCAGCCGGGGAGACCAGUAAAAGGUGGCCCGAGAUGGUAAUUCGCUUUUACGAGGACAAGCUGACCUGGCACGGAGAAGACGAGCAGUGAGAGAGAAAUAUGUAGCAGUGGAUACUACUGUACCUCCUGGCAGCUUUAAACAUACACAAACACUGUGGCAUAAGUUAACUGUUUGAUGUAGCGUGUAUUCAAAAUGUGUGAAUCCACACUUAAGUGUGAAGCUCUUCCCAACACACUAACCUGUAGAAAUGUGACUGGAGUAUUAGAGCUCUACUGUUGUGUACUGUUUGUACAAACCCGCCUAAGUGAUUUAUUAAUCAGAUGUUGUUGUAUCUCUUGGUCUGUUGUUUGAAAGUUCAUUUGUGAUGGUCAUCAUUCUGUCUUCUUUGUUCCUAUGAUCUCAUACACAUAGGAGAUGAUGACAGAUGGUACAAUACCUGCUUGAGAGGGGACUAUUUGAUGUGUAGAUUACUAUCCGUAAUAUUAACCCCCUGGUUACGCACUUAUUCAAGUUAAACUCUGAUGGAUCCUGUGAUCUGUGUGUGGCUCAUGCAGGUAUAAAUCUGUAGAUUUGCACAAAACAUAUUCUAGAAUGUAGCCUAUACAAUCACUUUUUUUGUAGGUCAGUAUCACUUUCAUAGCAGUAGUGUAAAUAGGCCAUUGAUGUUUUGAGGUUUUGUGAUUAAGGCCUUUACCCUAAAGUUUCGAUCGUCUGGUUUCCUGUUUUCUGUAAAGAUCACUG